GGGGGCCGAAGGCGUCUCCCGGCGGCGUCACUCCCAGCAUGCAGCGCGGCCCGCUCCUGCCCCUGCUACCGCUGCCGCCGCUGCUGCCGGGGGGAGAAGAUGGCGGAGGGAGGCGCGGCGGAUCUGGAGACCCAGCGCACGGACGUGGCGGCGCUGCUCAAAACAGCCCUCCGCAAGGGCGACACCUGGUAUCUAGUGGAUAGUCGCUGGUUCAAACAGUGGAAAAAAUAUGUUGGUUUCGACAGCUGGGACAAAUACCAAAUGGGAGAUCAGAAUGUGUACCCUGGUCCUAUUGAUAAUUCUGGACUUCUCAAAGAUGGUGAUUCUCAGUCUCUCAAAGAACAUCUCAUUGAUGAGCUGGACUACAUCCUUUUGCCAACUGAAGGCUGGAAUAGGCUAGUUAGCUGGUACACACUAAUGGAAGGUCAAGAGCCAAUAGCACGCAAGGUUGUUGAACAGGGUAUGUUUGUAAAGCACUGCAAAGUAGAAGUAUAUCUGACAGAAUUAAAGCUUUGUGAAAAUGGAAACAUGAACAAUGUUGUCACACGAAGAUUUAGUAAAGCUGAUACAAUAGAUACAAUUGAAAAAGAGAUAAGAAAAAUCUUCAAUAUUCCAGGUGAAAAAGAGACCAGAUUGUGGAACAAAUACAUGAGUAAUACUUUUGAACCUUUGAAUAAACCAGAUAGUACCAUACAAGAUGCUGGUUUAUACCAGGGACAGGUACUGGUAAUAGAACAGAAGAAUGAGGAUGGAACGUGGCCAAGAGGUUCUUCAACUCCUAAGUCCCCAGGUGCAUCCAAUUUUUCAACUUUACCAAAGAUCUCUCCAUCUCUAUCAAAUAAUUAUAACAACAUGAACAACAGAAAUGUGAAAAAUUCAAAUUAUUGUCUCCCAUCAUAUACUGCUUAUAAGAAUUAUGAUUAUUCAGAGCCAGGAAGACACAAUGAACAGCCAGGCCUGUGUGGCCUGAGUAACUUGGGAAAUACGUGUUUCAUGAAUUCAGCAAUUCAGUGUCUGAGCAACACACCUCCUCUUACAGAAUAUUUUCUCAAUGAUAAAUACCAAGAAGAGUUGAAUUUUGACAAUCCUUUGGGAAUGCGUGGUGAAAUAGCAAAAUCAUAUGCAGAGCUCAUCAAGCAAAUGUGGUCAGGAAAAUACAGUUAUGUUACCCCAAGAGCAUUUAAGACACAAGUGGGACGAUUUGCACCACAGUUUUCUGGUUAUCAGCAACAAGAUUGUCAAGAGCUACUGGCUUUUCUCUUGGAUGGCUUACAUGAGGAUUUGAAUCGAAUUAGGAAAAAGCCUUAUAUUCAGUUAAAAGAUGCAGAUGGAAGACCAGACAAGGUGGUUGCUGAAGAAGCCUGGGAAAACCAUUUAAAAAGAAAUGAUUCCAUCAUUGUAGAUAUAUUUCAUGGCCUUUUUAAAUCUACCCUUGUCUGUCCUGAAUGUGCUAAGAUUUCUGUAACCUUUGAUCCAUUUUGUUACUUGACACUUCCAUUACCCAUGAAAAAAGAACGCACUUUGGAAGUUUUUUUAGUCAGAAUGGAUCCACUUGCUAAGCCUAUGCAGUACAAAGUAGUUGUUCCAAAAAUCGGAAAUAUAUUGGAUCUUUGCACAGCAUUGUCAGCUCUGUCAGGUGUUGCUGCAGAUAAGAUGAUUGUUACCGAUAUAUACAAUCACAGGUUCCACAGGAUAUUUGCCAUGGAUGAAAAUUUGAGUAGUAUUAUGGAACGUGAUGACAUUUAUGUAUUUGAAAUCGCUAUCAAUAGAACAGAAGAUACAGAACAAGUUAUAAUUCCUGUUUGUUUAAGGGAAAAGUGCAGGCACACUAGCUACAGCCAUAGUGGUUCUUCGCUGUUUGGUCAACCUUUUCUCAUAGCAGUGCCUAGAAACAACACUGAAGAUAAACUGUAUAACCUGCUGCUGCUAAGAAUGUGCCGAUAUGUAAAAACAUGCACUGAAACUGAUGACACUGAAGGAUCCCUACGUUGCUGUAAGGAACAUGGUAUCAAUGGUAACGGCCCAAAUGGAAUACAUGAAGAGGGCUCUCCAAGUGAAAUGGAAACAGAUGAACAGGAUGAUGAAUCCAGCCAGGAUCAGGAGCUUCCUUCAGAGAAUGAAAACAGCCAGUCAGAAGACUCAGUUGGAGGUGACAACGACUCUGAAAAUGGAUUAUGUACUGAAGAUACUUGCAAAGGUCAACCACUCACGGGACACAAAAAGCGAUUGUUUACAUUCCAGUUCAAUAACUUAGGCAAUACUGACAUAAACUACAUCAAAGAUGAUACCAGGCAUAUUAGAUUUGAUGACAGGCAACCUAGGCUUGAUGAAAGAUCUUUCCUUGCUUUGGAUUGGGAUCCUGAGUUGAAGAAGAGAUACUUUGAUGAUAGUGCGGCAGAGGAUUUUGAAAAACAUGAAAGUGUGGAAUAUAAGCCUCCCAAAAAGCCUUUCGUCAAAUUAAAAGAUUGCAUUGAGCUGUUCACAACAAAGGAAAAACUAGGUGCUGAAGACCCAUGGUAUUGUCCAAACUGUAAAGAACAUCAGCAGGCUACCAAAAAGCUAGACUUGUGGUCACUUCCCCCAGUACUGGUAGUUCAUCUAAAGCGCUUUUCCUACAGCAGAUAUAUGAGGGACAAGUUGGACACGUUGGUUGGCUUUCCCAUAAAUGAUUUGGACAUGUCGGAGUUCCUUAUUAAUCCAAAUGCAGGGCCUUGCCGCUACAACUUGAUUGCUGUCUCCAAUCACUAUGGAGGAAUGGGAGGAGGGCAUUAUACUGCUUUUGCAAAAAAUAAAGACGAUGGAAAAUGGUACUACUUUGAUGACAGUAGCGUGUCAACUGCGUGCGAGGAUCAAAUAGUGUCCAAAGCAGCAUAUGUGCUCUUCUACCAGAGACAGGAUACAAUCAGUGGAACUGGCUUUUUUCCUCUUGACCGGGAAACUAAACAAGGUGCUUCAGCUGCCACAGGCAUCCCACUAGAAAGCGAUGAAGACAGCAAUGAAAAUGAUAAUGAUAUAGAAAAUGAAAAUUGUAUGCACACUAACUAAUGGAAGAACUAGAAGCCAUAUAAGAGACUUUCCUACAGGGGAUACCUAUUAAAAGAGUGAAAUUGCCCACCAAAUUAAAAAAAAAAAAAAAGAGAAAAAUCUGAGAUGGGGAAUUUCAGAUAACAGAAUGUAAAUCUUUAUGACAUUUUAACAUGUGCAGUACUUGAAGUGAAACAAUAAAAUCUUUAACAGAAAUCGUCUCUAAUGCAUUUACAGUCUUGUAUUCACAAGCUAUAUAUAGGAAAUCACAAAUAAACCCCUUUUAAGUUUUCUGCUGCUGUUCUGAUGGAUUAUGUUUUCUUUGGUUUUGGAUGUGAGUUAAUAACGAAGAUGUUAAAUCUGUGGACUUCUGACAUUUAUUUUCUUAGUACUGCAAGAAUACUACUGCCAAGUCUAGUUUCUGGAUGAAUAUAUUCAUGUCCCUUAGGCUGUCACACAGGCUAUAAGUAAAAAUGUCAUAAAUAUAAGCAGUAGUUUUGAAACAUCAAAUUUCUAUGUUUCUCCCUAAAAAAUUAAUACCUUUUUUUUUUUUAAAUUUGAUCAU